AUGGAUACACUCAAGCCAGAUCCACCAGCGCCGUUGCUGAACUGGGCCGCCAAGGCCGCUGCUCCGCCGCCGCCCGUCACAGAGACCCCCGUGUACAAGCCCGCGAACCGCGAAGAAGUCAUCGCACGUAACCGUGCCGGCCAACGCGUCGAUCCGCCGUGUAAGGACUACGAUAAGGCUGAGGUGGACCGCAUGAAGAAGAUCAAAUUGUGCAACGUUCAUUUCCUUCGAGCCGAAUGCCCCUACGACACCAAAUGCACCCAUCUCCAUGCGUACAAACCCACCAACGACGAGUUGGCUACCCUCCGUCUUGUCGCCCGCAUGGCACCUUGCAGCAACGGCAGUGUUUGCCAGGAUAUUAGGUGUAUCUAUGGCCACCGCUGCCCAGCACCGCCCAACAAGAUUCACUACGCCAAGGGCACGAAGAGCUGUAUUUUCGGCGAGUCUUGCAAGUUCCCAGCGAGCUUGCAUGAUAUCGACACCAACGUGGUCAAAACCCUGGUUGUUCGCUAG